UGACGAGACCAUACAAAUUGAUAUUUUCUAAGAAGAAUUGCAACUCAAUGAGUUCAUUAUAAAAAAAAAAUCUAAAGACUAGAUCUAGAUAAAGUUUUAUGAUGGGGCGAUUUCUUAUUUAUUUCGCAUACAUUGGUACCAAAUAUAGGGGAAUUCAGAUACAACCGACUAUUAUAAAAGGAAAUGUUAUUCCCACUGUUCAAGGAGUUCUGCAUGAGAGUUUGUCAAAAUUGCGGCCUGCCAAUGAAUAUAAAAUAUUUUUGUCCAGUAGGACAGACACUGGAGUACAUGCCCUGAAGAACGCCUGUCAUGUAGAUUUAACUCACCCGGUUGAAGGAAAAGAAUAUAAUCCAGAGGUGAUGGUUAGUGUUUUAAAUUAUCAUUUGAAGUUAAAGAAUGAAGAAAUCAGAAUAUUGAAAAUUAAAAAAGUGCCAAAGCAUUUUCAUUGUCGAUUAAAUGCUUCUGGGAGAAAGUAUGUGUAUAGACUAGCACAUUUAGCUGGGACGGAGGAUGCUGAACACAAUGAAAACUUUCUAAAAGAAUUAAAUGAGUUCAGGUUUUUGAAAAACAAAAGACCUUGUCUCCCAUAUGGUUUACCAGAGUCUGUGCUGGAACAGAAUAAAUUGGCAUAUAUAUGGAAACCUUUUGAUGUAGAGAAACUGAUAUUAGGGGCCCAAAUUGUGUCUGGUAUUCAUAACUAUGGAUCUUUUUCAAAGAAGAGGAAAGAAAGUGAAACAUAUCUGCCACAUCCUGUCAAAAUGCUGACCAUCGGUGUAAAAAGGGGGCAACCGCUGGGCUUUCCUUUUAUGUUUGACAGUCAUAUUUCUGCCAGUGAGAAUUUACAGUUUUGGGACAUCCAUGUCCGCUCUAAGUCUUUUCUGUACAGACAGGUAAGGAGGGUAGUAGGUGCAAUGGUGUUGCUGGCCACCAACCACAUUAAAACUACUGACCUCCAGGACAUACUUGAUAACCCCCGUACUGACUUCUCUUUCUCUGGAAUCAUGGGAAUGCCAGACCAUGGUCUCUACUUGGUAGAUGUUGAGUACAACCCCAGAGAUUUGGAAUUUUCUUCAUCAUCUGAAGAUAAUACUUUAUCUUCUACAUCUUCUGAUGUUUUAUCUUCUAAUGAUGCUGAUAGUAGUGAUGAUGUGGUAGAUGAAACUGAUGAUGACCAAAAUGAGAAAGUGGACAAAGAGAGAUGAUGAGUGUCAACAUUGGUCCUAGUGUUCAUUGCAGCAUUAACCAAAGAUAAUAACAUCAAAUAACCUUUAAAAA